CCUCGUGUAGCAAAAUGGCUGACUUAUUUCAAUUCAUUUGUGCAAAUUCCGAUCAUUCUCAAAUCUUGCCCGUUCUGAAACACUUCAUAGAACGGAAAGAUGUUAUACUCGAUACAAAUUUCUUAGAAUCGUUAAAAUUAGUGUUAGAUACCCUUGAAAAAUCCAAAGAUUUUGGUGAAGAUGUGGCUGCCAAGGUCCUCUUUGAGAUCUGUUGGCCGAUCGUUUACAAAUCUGUGGACACCAAUCAGCCCUCUGUGCACAGGCGAAAAAGGCUUCAUCUUUGUUACGAUAUUAUAGCCUUUUGCUGUUCAAUAUUUCCGGAAACUUUGCUUCCAUCAGUGAGCGAAAAGUGCCUUCACAUUUUAAAGCGCUACGUCGUGGAAUUGGGUUCAACAGAUGAAAACGCAGUUGAAGUCUCGGUAACACUUGAUCUUAUUGGAAAUCUUGUGAAGCCAGCUGCCUUAAACCCUUCAAAAAGAACUCGUAUAAUUUCUGGAGAACUGGGAAAUACGCUCUUUCAGGAGUUGUUAAAUGUUUUACCUUUCGCAACUGAAAGCUUGUGUGGGAAAGCAACCAGUCUUGUUCUUCCGAAUUUCUUGGAAUUCAAUAGAGAAUCACGUUGCGAGGCUGUGUGGAGUAUGGUGAAACAGAUAUUUGAAUCCCAAGUGGCUGGUUCUAUUCCUGGAACAUUCAAUCAGACCUAUGCCAUUCUAUGUGGUCUUGCUGAUUUCUUCUACACUAAUGGCAACAACAGUCUCUUUCACAAAGCCAAGUUUUGGGAAAUCAUUCAGAAAGGGCUGGUGUUAGAGGAACCUCUUUCUAGGAAAAGAGCCAUGUAUCUGUUGAAGAGAACCUUAGACCUGCUGGAUAAACAACCGCAGGAUUUACUGGUGCAAGGUGAGAAAGGAAUGCAGAUAUUCUGCUGGUCUUGCAGUAAGAAAGACUCUCUCAUGAGAGUGUGGCAGGAUUAUGUUCUUUUAAUGGAAACACUUGAGGAAAAGCAGGGACAUCUGAUCAAACCAGUGCUUCCUCGAAUCUCAAGUAUCAUAUGUGCCACAAAGAAAGACAACAAUGGUGAUGUAAUGCUGGAUAUUUCCUGGCUUCUGACAUUGUACCAAAGGGCAGCUCAACAUGACACCAAGUCCAUCUGCAGAUGGGCUAUCCUGGACUUGCUCUGCAUGGACCUGUGUGAUUCACCACUUCUGAAUACCUGUUACUGGUGGUUCAUAUAUGGCCCUCUCAUGAGCAUGCUCGCAGAGUAUGCAAUUUACACCAGAGCAGACGAAGGCCUCCGAGGAGACCCUCCCCCAGUGGGGGCUGCACUUGUCACCUUCUUCCCAGAGUUUGUAAAAGCCUUGGCGGCAGUUGACAGACUAUCAUUUUGCUCCGGGCUCUUAUCUGCUGUGGUGAAACAAGAGUUUUCACAAGUACCCUUGGUCUUCAUAUCCCAGAUGUUAGCAAGUCUUCCGCCUUGCCCUGUGUGGGAUACAAGAGCAAUGGCAAGCAUUCGUGACAUUUUCCCCCUCUUUAGACCAUUCUGUCCACACCUGACAAGUGCUAUUCAGAGCUUUCUCCUUAAGGCAGUUAUAAAUCUCUGUGACCCCAAACGUGUUUCGUGGAAAGAUAUUGGAGAUUUUCUUUCUCUUUUUUCGAAAGAUGAUUGUCUGAGCCGGGGAAGUACCCUGUGGGAAGCAGUAGUUCAAUGGGUGUGGGAGAUCCGUGACUUGGUCCGUCACGAAAGUUUUAGUCAAGAUAAAACGGGGUUUUCAGGCCUCUUUGACCACCUUCGGGAAGGUGUGGAAGUGCUCCUUAACGAAGACAAACUAGAAUUAACAACUAGUGAUCCAGAAAUGCAGUCCGUGAUAAGGUUAAUUUCAAUUGCAUGUGAUGCUCAUCUGAAGUUCUCAAAGAAUUCAAGCAAGAGAAAACAGCCAGUGGAUGACAUAUUCCAGAAAAUCGUGGAGGUCCUUCAGCAUGCAAGCCGACAUGUUUAUGCAUCUGAGGGUAGGUCUCAAAGAGCAGCCAUGAUGCUAUCAGGAAUCUUAGAGCUGAUGAAUACAGCAGCCACCAAAAACACAAAUGGAAAAACAGAUGGCAUCGUUGCGAAAACUCAGGAAGUCGAUGGGAGCAUGGAGAUAAUUGAAAACGUGAUUGGACGCAGUGGUGCAGAAAUCUUUGAGCUGUUAUUACGAAAACUCACCACCUUGUCCGUGAAUUCCUCCCAAAUAGAUAACAACCCUGCGUUUCUUGAACUCACUGAUCAGUUGUUGACAUUCACAACGGUGUCUGGGAACUCUAGUCAGAGUUUGGAGGUGUGGCACCAAUUUGUUCAAGAUCUUACACAGCGAAGCCGGAGUUUAGUGUUAGAAAAACAAUUAGACAGAGAGCAGUUGACUCUAAGUGAUUGGCGUGCAUUUGUGUUGUCCAUGAAAUGUUCAGCUUGGUGCUGUACAGCUCUAAGAACCAAACCUGACCUGUACACUACCCGUUUGGCAUCCACCUUGUUGCAGACGGUGACAGAGCUUGAUCUGAGCACCGAGUUUCCAACACCAAAGUUUCUUUACCCGGUCGAGGUUCGUGGCGAGUCUUCAGCAGAGUCAAGUGUAUUUCUCAAGAAAGGUUGGGGAAGACUGGUCUCUGACUUUAUCGAAGCUCAGUGGCAGUGUGUUCAAUUUCUGCUCGAGGAAUCCCAAGGAUCGUCCGACGGAAGGGACAUGGAGCUUGGGAGCAAAUUGGAACGCUUUUUGGCAGAUCUACCUGACGCGGCCUUGGAAGCCCUUUCUUUGGGCUCAGGGCUUGCAGUGCUUCCUGUCAUAAGAUGCGUGCGCCUAUUAACUCCCCGAAUGCUUCAAGCAGAUGACUCGCUGUGUUCCCAGGCACUGGAGGCAGUUUGGUGGACUUUUCAAGAUCGCCAAAAACGCGAUCAAGUCUGGUUUUGGAAAACGUUGAGGGAGGUAACGCAGGUGUUUUUUAACCCCUGUCUCCUGAUACUGGCCGAGGACCACCCUGUAACUGCAUUUGUGCGAAGGUACUGGGGAGAACUGUCGGUUCUGGGGGAAUACCGUCCGGGUAUUAUGAAUCAUGUGAUCGGGCCGUGCUGUGAAUUCUGGGCUGGCUCUCCUUCUGACCGUUUCCUUGGGAACCUUACCUAUCAAAUCAGUGACGAAAAUCGCAAGCAAAGCUUAGAUGUUUACCUGGAUUUUAUUACUGAAGCUUGUUUCUUUGGUCCCAGAGAAAGGAAAACGGCGCGAGGCACAAAUUACGUGCUGGAAUACGUUCGUCGGUUGGGCGUGGAACGGGUGAUUUGUCCUUUCAACAUGGACGAGUUGCGCGAGGACACACGUGUGCGAGUGAAUGCGAUUAACGUGUUAAUGACUUUAGAUCCGAUGGAUACUCAGGAUGCGAAGCUUCUACAAAGUCUCGUCGAAGCUUUGAUCAGUAAGGACGGCGAGCUGUCAGAAGAUAAACCCCGCUCAUCCAUUAACUCGUACUCACACAGGAGAAAGCACCGUGUGUGGCAAACUGUUCUCGUGGUGCUCUCUCGCUUUUUUGAUGCUGACGCCUUAGAUGAAAUGUUUGCCAGUCGAGUGUUGGACGGGAUUUUCCGCGCCAUUCGUUCCGAGAAUCAGGCGUCGGUCCGGAACUUUCUUCAGUGGGGAGUGGUUCUGACCCUAGGAAAAUACCCAAGCCUCGUGCCGUUGCUAUGGACACAGUUGCAGUACGAUGUAGAGAGAAAAGCUGGUAGUGUUUCCUCACUUCUUGCCGUUGCCGCGCUUGUUGGCGAGUUUUCAUUUGCAGAUUCCCGCUCUCAGGCGGCUUUUUUUCAGCAGGCGUUCCCCAUUAUACUUCCUUGGGCGUUAACAUCACAUGUCAUGGUCCAAGCCUACGCUCAGGUGACAUUACAGAAGAUGUGGCUUACAUGCCAACGAGAGAAUCUGCAUGACGUGACAUCCAACCACGCCAUCAUUCAGUCUUGCGUUCACUUCUUGGAGACAAACAAUGAAAGCGUACGUCAGAAAGUUCGCUUGCUGGGAGACUUUUUCUUCCUUGAUGUGCAUCCCCACCGAGACCUUUCUAUUCAGACGCUAUUUGAGACUCUUCCCCGUUUAACAGAGGUUACUGAUGAAGAAUGGAUUUCUCCCAAAGUGUUCACAGGGGGGUGGUUAGGCAAGCAUGUUUGGGGGUCUCGUGAGCAUGGCCUCGGUGUUUUGCCGUUGUACAAUCCUGAUGAUACACAACUGGCUCAGAUUUCUAAUGGUCCAUAUUUUAACUACGGUGAAAACGUUGGGGAACAAAUUCGUCGACGAUUAGCGGGUGAGAGAACGAACAAUAAAAACAUUGCGCAAAUGACCGACUUAGCGAGGACUUCUGAAGUGCAGAGUAGCGAUGUACAGAAAAAAAUCUUCCCUUGGAAAGUGAUUCCCCCCGAUGCAGAUAUGAUGUCAGAAAUGCAACAGCAGAGAUUGGCGAACCUUCAGAAGAGCUCGGCUGGUAGUUUGAUAGUGGUUGCUUCACUAAUCGACAAAGCUCCAAAUCUAGGCGGCCUCUGCCGUACUUGUGAAAUAUUUGGCGUCCAGACUCUGGUGCUUAGCAACUCUCACGUGAUUGAAGACAUCCAAUUCAAAUCUCUGAGCGUUACCGCUGCCAAAUGGAUGAACAUCGACGAGGCUCGCGAGUCGGAGCUCAAGUCCUACCUCGAGCGCAUGCGCCAUGAGGGUUACACGCUUAUUGGCGUUGAGCAAACAGCGAAUAGUGUGCACUUAACUCGUUAUCAGUUCCCACACAAGUCGCUAUUGUUGCUUGGUAACGAGAAAGAAGGCAUACCCGUAGAGCUGAUUCAGAUGCUUGAUGUAUGUGUGGAGAUCCCACAGGUAGGCAUCAUAAGGUCCCUCAACGUGCAUGUUAGCGGGGCUCUACUUGUUUGGGAGUACACAAGGCAAAGGAUCCUCGGUCUUGCCUCAUGACUUCACAUGUAGGCGCACAGAAAUGAGAACAACCUUACGAAAAGCUGGGCGUUAACAGCGACUAGAACGUCAACAAAGAAAACCAUCAUGCGAAAUAACCAAAUGUUGAAAUUUGGAGAAUGCAGAGAGUUUAGAGAAAUUCUUCUUUCUUUUAGGAACUGAACAGUUAAACUAAGAAACCUCUACUGUCGAUAGAAACUGUGCAUAAUGAAGGUAGAUCAAACAGACACAGUGUAGAUUAAUAUAAUUAUCAGACACUGAUUUCAGAUAGGUUCGUUUUUCAAUUCGUACAGUCAACAGCUUAUGAGCUCCUGGCACAAAGUCUAAUGCGUCGCCCAUGCAAAGUUUCUGUCUCUCUUCAUACGAGACUGAAAAGAUUCGGUUCUAUUUGAUAUUUAUGAGAUGAUUGCUCCGAUAAAAUUUUAAUUAUUAUUAUUAUUAUUAUUAUUAUUAUUAUUAUUAUUAUUGAUUUUUUUAAGCGCCUCGCCCCUUGCUUGGUCAGCCAUUCUUUUUCAAUUUCUCUCCCUCCAGCCCUAGAUCAAUACCUUGUCUUGUUCUGACAAGGACACAUGACAGACAUUUUAAAACCAGAAGUUUUUUCUACAGUUUUGAUUCACUUUGCACCAUAUUUGUUUGUGACCCAUGCAUUUCCCACGCACUUACGACCUAGUAAAACAUGUCCGUGCAAAAAUGGAAACACUGACAGAUCAAGCCAAAUUACUAUGCGAAACAUGCCUUUGCAGGAAAUGUUAAUUAAAGUUUCCUGUUGCGGUAAUAGGUGAAUAUUUGUCUAAAAUGCCUAAAUACCACUGAAACCACGGGAGAGACUGUUUUUGCUGAUUUCUUAAUAAAAUGCAGUCAAAAGUC